UUUCCGGAGUCGAGCGGGCGCUGCUAGCGGAGGCGCCAUAUUGGAAGGGACAAAACUCCGGCGACAGCGAGUGACACAAACAAACCCCUGGACCCCUUCGCGCCCCCUGCUCCAAGCGCCGCGAUGUUGUACCUAGAAGACUAUCUAGAAAUGACGCAAGCGCGUCCUGCGCUCGCCGUUGGCUCCGCCCCCUCCCUGACGGACUCUCCACUCGGACAGUGAUUGAGCAGCUUCCCAUGGACCUGCGGGACCGCUUCACGGAGAUGCGCGAGAUGGAUCUGCAGGUGCAGAAUGCAAUGGAUCAACUAGAACAAAGAGUCAGUGACUUCUUUAUGAAUGCAAAGAAAAAUAAACCUGAGUGGAGAGAAGAACAGAUGGCAUCCAUCAAAAAAGACUAUUAUAAGGCUUUGGAAGAUGCAGAUGAGAAGGUUCAGUUGGCCAACCAGAUAUAUGAUUUGGUAGAUCGACACUUGAGAAAGCUGGAUCAGGAACUGGCUAAGUUUAAAAUGGAACUGGAAGCUGAUAAUGCUGGAAUUACAGAAAUACUAGAGAGGCGCUCUUUGGAAUUAGAUACACCUACACAGCCAGUGAAUAAUCACCAUGCUCAUUCACAUACUCCAGUGGAAAAAAGGAAAUAUAAUCCCACUUCUCACCAUACGACAACAGAUCAUAUUCCUGAAAAGAAGUUUAAAUCUGAAGCUCUUCUGUCUACCCUUACAUCAGAUGCAGCUAAGGAAAAUACACUGGGUUGUCGAAAUAAUAAUGCUACAACUUCUUCUAACAAUGCUUACAAUGUGAAUUCUUCCCAACCUCUGGCAUCUUAUAACAUUGGCUCGUUAUCUUCAGGAACUGGUGCAGGAGCUAUUACUAUGGCAGCAGCCCAAGCAGUUCAAGCUACAGCACAGAUGAAAGAAGGGCGGAGAACAUCAAGUUUAAAAGCCAGUUAUGAAGCAUUUAAGAAUAAUGACUUUCAGCUGGGAAAAGAAUUUUCCAUGCCCAGAGAAACAGCUGGCUAUUCAUCAUCUUCAGCGCUCAUGACAACAUUAACGCAGAAUGCCAGCUCAUCAACAGCCGACUCCCGCAGUGGCCGAAAGAGCAAAAACAACAACAAGUCUUCAAGCCAGCAGUCAUCAUCAUCUUCCUCUUCUUCUUCCUUAUCAUCCUGUUCUUCAUCUUCAACUGUUGUACCAGAAAUCUCCCAACAAACAACAGUAGUUCCAGAAUCUGAUUCAAACAGUCAGGUUGACUGGACUUAUGACCCAAAUGAGCCUCGAUACUGCAUCUGUAAUCAGGUAUCAUAUGGAGAGAUGGUGGGAUGUGAUAACCAAGAUUGCCCAAUAGAGUGGUUCCACUAUGGGUGUGUUGGAUUGACAGAAGCACCGAAAGGGAAGUGGUACUGCCCCCAGUGCACUGCUGCGAUGAAGAGGAGGGGCAGUAGACACAAAUAAGGGCAACAUUUCAUUUAAAGAAGAAAACAGCGUUAGCUCAGCAUUUUUUAUAGGACACUGAAAAAGAAGAAAGAGAAAGAAGAAACAACUCAUUUCCAGGCAACUAUUUAAAAGAUUUACACAGACAAUCCUACAAGAUCUUGAGCUUAAAUUUUAUGGGUUGUAUUUUAAUUAUGUAAGUAAAUUAUUUAUGCACUCCUGGUGUACUAUGAAUAUUAUUCCAGUUAGCCUUGGAUUCUUUCUGUGGCCAACAUAUGCAGACAUUUAUACUCCUCAACCAUUUCCUCAAAGUAAUGGGCAUUCUAUAAUUUAGACUUCAAAGAAUUCCAGCAAUGAUGAUUUUAAGAGAAGUAUUUUAUAUUCAACAGGUAUAUUCUGCUGCAUGUACUGUACUCCAGAGCUGUUAUGUAACACUGUAUAUAAAUGACUGCAAAAAAAAGUUAGUCCUUCAAAAAAGAAUUUAAGAUAAUGAUUUUUAAAAUGCCUUUAUAAUAAGCUUUGUUUCUUUGUGAAACUAAUUCAGCAGGCUGAAGGAAAUAGUUCAUGUGUUAAAGUGGGCUGGUAUCCUCUAGAGUACCUGGGUACAUAAACAGAAACUCCUGUAAGUAAAAGCUAAUUGUGCCAUUAGUCUUUAUAUGUUUCUGCAUCCAGAUAGAGUGCAGUUCAUGGGGUGGGGGCGGGGCUGAACAAGAAAGGGUGUUAAAGUCAUUUUUAUACCAAAUGUGUUUAUUUUUUUGUGCAAGUAAUCCUUAAAAUUGGAAUUGUAUUAGGUGUUAAAAUAAAGUUUUUAAAAAAUUA